GGCCUUCCCUCCCUAGCGCAUACCCGUAGUCCCUGCGGUUGGGCGGAGGCAUGCGGAGCCAGCGGCGCUGUCCCGGGGGGCGGGCGCGCGCACCAGACUCACCGACGCGUCCCGUCACCGAGGCGAGCGGCCCCCGCGCGGCGCGGGGCAGUCUUGGGGCUGCUGAGAGCACGCCGUGCACGUGGCGGGGGUCUGGGCCGCUCAAGUGCCAAUCCGCGCGCAGCCCCCCGCCCCCGCGGCUCUCUCCCGGCCCCGCCUCCACAUCCCCCUCCCCAGCUUCGCUUGGCCGCCCCGACCCUCCUACCGCCUGGAGAGCUGCGGCCGAGCCACUGCCGAAGGCAAACCCGAGCGCGGCCAUCCCGGACCCCGCGCCGCCGGCCUCCGGCCUGCGGGCGGCGGGCAUGCUGGCAUGGCAGGACGGCGGGGCCAAGGCGGCUCCUUCCCACCACAAGAUCUCCUUCUCGGUCCUGGACAUCCUGGACCCGCAGAAAUUCACCCGCGCUGCGCUCCCGGCCGUGCGCUCUGCUUCCCGGGAAGCCAAGAAAAGUUUGGCAGAGGCCGAAGCGGGGAAGGACGCCAGCCCGGGGGAUCAGGCUCGGCAGAGGGAGAGCCCUGAUGCUGCUGCGUCCCCCCUGGAGGGCUCGGAGGCCGAGGACUCAGAGGACUCAGAGGACGCGGGGCGGCGGCGGCGGCGGCGGCGGGAGAGGCCUGCGCGCCUGCAGGCGGGCCCGGCGCGCUCCCCUGAAGCCCCUGCGGCGGCGGCGUUGGCAGCGGGGGAGCGCGGUGCGGGCGGCCUCGCUGGCUCCCCGGGAUCCCCGCGGCCCCGGCGCCGGCGUGCCGAGCCCAGCUGCGCCAAGCCGCGGCGCGCGCGCACCGCCUUCACCUACGAGCAGCUGGUGGCCUUGGAGAACAAGUUCCGGGCCACGCGCUACCUGUCGGUGUGCGAGCGCCUGAACCUCGCGCUGUCGCUCAGCCUCACUGAGACGCAGGUCAAAAUUUGGUUCCAGAACCGCAGGACCAAGUGGAAGAAGCAGAACCCCGGCGCCGACGGCGCGGCGCAGGCAGGGGGUGGCGCGCCCCAACCCGGGGCGCCCGGGGCGACGGCGGGGGCGGGCAGCGGCGGCGGCGCGGGGAGCAGCCCGGGUCCGCCCGGCCCGGGCGCUCUGCCCUUCCAGACUUUCCCCUCCUACUCCGCGGCCAACGUCCUCUUCCCAGCCGCCGCCUCCUUCCAGCUGACGCCCGCCGCCGCCGGGAGCCCCUUUGCGCCCUUUCUCGCGCCCUCCUACCUGACCCCUUUCUACGCCCCGCACCUGUGAACCCGAAGCCCCCCUGGGCCCCACUUCGUCGGAACUCUCGAAUGAUUGGUGUCGUCGUGUGGUCCCCACUCCAUGGAAGGGCGCCGACGCGCAGGGACCGCCCCCUCCUGGUGCGCGGGUGUCUGCGCGCCCUUUCCCUUCCAGCUUCCGGGAGGUGCCGCCAGAGGGCAGGGAGAGGCCGCCUGCCGACUCCCAGCCGCGCCCCUUCCCGCCGCGCCGACCCCCUGAAUCCACGCGAUCCACAAAGGGGGUCAAGGAUCUGCCUUCUUUAAAAGUGUCCAGGACAGAGGCUGUCCUCAAAUCUUCCCGUUUCUGGACCUUACUCCUCACUUUCGGGCAGACUUACUUCAGUUCAAGGGCUCUUUUUGAGGGUCUGGGUGCUCCGCGCGGGGCUAACACAGCUGCGAGGAUGGAGGCACCAGGGAGCCAAGACCACCUGCCUACCAGCUGCUCACACCUAGGAUGGAAUCUUCAAAGAUUUUCGCUCACUCAGAGGGUGAGGAGCUUUCCAUUUUCAUAGAUGAUUGUUUCCCUUUUCAUACUUGAUUAUUGGCCCAAACCCAGGGAUUCUUCCCAAAUACUGAACAAAGCUGGAGAGGGCUGGGUCCACGAGCACACGCUGCCGCUGUGAAAUGGACUAUUUUUUAAAUGCAUAAAGCUCUACAUUUUAGAUCUUCAUUUGAGAUUCGGACUUGAGCUGAGUUUGUUCCAAACAGACACUCCACAGGCUAUUCCUGAGAUAAUGGUACCUUAUUUUCUGAGAAGACCAGAAAUUUGUGCUAGGAAAUGUUAACAGCUUUGUAGCCAGACUUACCUGCCAAAGUAGACACGGUUCUAGUGCACUGGAGUUUUGAGAGCAGCUUUGACAAGCCACCGUGAUGGCCCGAAAGGCGUAAAAAUGGUAGUGAAGGGACUAGAGGCUCAACUGAAAUCUUGAAGUCUAUGCAUGAGACUGCCUAUUUUGAUUUGCAGGAUUUGAUACUUUAAAACUUCAGUCCUGGCUAAUGUCUCUGUCCCAGCGAUUCCGAGGCUGCAAGUAGUGAACAAAGCUGGGCAGAGUUAGCUCCUGCAGCACACACUGCUGGUAUGAAUUGGACUGUUUUUUAAAAGCACAAAUUCAAGGUUUUUAGAGCUUCAUCUAAGAUUCUGACUUGAAAGCAAUUAUUGUUCCAGACUCUCCAUAAUGGCAUGGCGAACAAGCAAAAGGUUGUAAGGGACUGUGAAAGAAAUGCUUCUUGGGUGUAAAGAGCUACUGGGGAAGCAAAAGGCAUAUUCAUGAUGGAUUCAACUGUAGGAACUUGACAUAUGGACAUGCAUUCUCACUGCUGCUUUAUCUCCCUUAAAAAUUAAUUCUUCUGUAAAGUUCUCUUGCCAGCUUUGUUUGCAAUACUCUUCCCUUAGUCUUCUAUGUAAUAUGGUUUGUAGCCCGUAUCUCAGAAACCCAGAAGUCCCCAGCUAGGUCAUGUAUGUUUCAUUCUCCUCCUUAUUUGAUUACCUGAGGCCUACUGAUAUCUAUGUGGAUACCAUGUUCCUUGCUAUUUCUUGAUAGCCUAUGCCGUUAAUAAUUGUAUUUAAUGAUCAAUGGCUUCAUAUAAAGUAAAAGCAUGCUGUUUGGUAUUAUGAACACAUGAUAUUAUAAUCUUGAAAUAUCUAGUUCUAUUACUAUCAAGAAUGAAAGAAAAUAUCCUCCCUUUCUCCCAAAUUAAAUGAAGACUUCAUAUUCAUGUGACUCUCACAAGAUCUGAGAACAUGUAUUAUUUGUGUGUUAUUUACUAAUUAGACUCUUUUCCUUCUAUACUAAAGAAGAAAAGUGUCCCCAAACAACACAUUGUAACUUUCUAGAAGACAGUUGAUGCCAGAUGAGAUUAAAAAUGCAGUUACUGUAGUAGAGAAUAUUGUUUAUUCACUUUAUAUGUUGAUAAACACUCCUGUGAUAACUAUUUGUUGGUUUCUCAAAAGCAACCUUCCACGUGUCGUGAACAGGCAAUUCAAGGGCACAGAGGCAAGAUCUGUAAUAAAGAAGCUGAGUUUCUGUAAGACGUGGGAAACACUUCAUUCCUCUCAGGCACCUGAGUCACAGAAGACUCCACUUGAAGAGAAGGAGGAGGGAGGGAGGUGGGAAGCUAAUCAGUCUGUGGACCAGCAUGGAGGGCUGUAAUUCCUGACUCCGUUUCUACAAAUUGUAACUCAGUAAUGCUCUAAGUGUGUGGCUUUGGACUUCUGCUGCUUUAAAAAGCUCAGUGGCUUUCCAACCAAAUCCUCAGACUCAAUCUAUUGAUGUGUUUGUCUAAUAAAUUCAUUUUGUAAUGAU